AUGCCCAGCAACAAGGGCAAGGUCAUCCCUGUGGCGGACCUGGCCGAGGCCAGCCUGGUGCCUGGUGUUGUUCAGCGGCAUGAAGCAUGGCGCCGCCAGGCAGCAAUUUCCCUGGCGCAGAGCUCCUUUGUCGUGGGCUCCGUGUACCUGAAGUCCGUGAUCACAGACCUGGAGGAGGUGCACGGCGGGAGCAGCCACCCCGGCUUCAACCCGGUAGUGUUUGCCUUUGCCCGUGAGGCCACCGCAGCCCCCAUCUUGCUGGGCCUCGCCCGAUACAAGGGUACCCUGGUCCCGGCCCGCCGCGACCUCCCCCUCGUCGUCCUGCUCGGCGUCUGCCUCUUUGCCAGCCAGCUGCUCUACAUGCUGGGUAUCGACCUGUCUGGCGUGGUGGUGGCCACCUGCAUCCAGCCCGCCAUCCCCGUCUUCACCGCCCUGCUGGGCAUCGCGCUACGCCAGGAGGCGGCCAACCCCCGCAAGCUGGCCGGCAUCGGGCUCAGCGUCUUGGGCGCCACGGCCAUGGUCUUCGGUACCCUGGUCCCGGCCCGCCGCGACCUCCCCCUCGUCGUCCUGCUCGGCGUCUGCCUCUUUGCCAGCCAGCUGCUCUACAUGCUGGGUAUCGACCUGUCUGGCGUGGUGGUGGCCACCUGCAUCCAGCCCGCCAUCCCCGUCUUCACCGCCCUGCUGGGCAUCGCGCUACGCCAGGAGGCGGCCAACCCCCGCAAGCUGGCCGGCAUCUGGCUCAGCGUCUUGGGCGCCACGGCCAUGGCCUACGUCGGCAGGGAGCGGGCCAUCAACCGGCUGGCGGAGCAGUUCCGCGCCCCCCCGGGCAUGACGACAAUUGUCGGCGUGGGCAACUGGUCGGCCCAGGACCAGGGGGGCAUCAUGCGGGGGCCCCCGCCGGGACCCUGGAUCCGCUUCUUGCGGCGCCUCCGGCUGGUGUGCAGGGUGGUGGUGAUCGACGAGCACAGGACUUCCAAACUGUGCUGCGCCUGUCACACCACCCUGCACGCCCACCAGUACGUGCGGGUUCGCAAUGGCGAGGAGAAGCUGGUGGACGUGUGGGACACCAAGCGGUGCGGCAACAAGGCCUGCAGAGUUCAUGCCGUCAACCGCGAUGUGAACGGGGCGGCCAACAUGCUGAUGCUGUGCAAGCUCUUCCUGGAGCAGGCCACCUGCUGCGCUGAGACCGGACUGACCCUGAACUCGGCCUGGGCCUCGAUCGCCGUAUAUUGCACGGCCCCCACCAUCAUCCCCGCCUCCUGCAUCAGGGUCGAGGGCCCAAGCAACGUGACUGUCGUGGACACCAACGUGCCCAGCCCGGCAUUGGGCCGCACCUUCCGCUUCGUUGCGGGCUGGACGCCCGACGAGGGGUAUGUCGGCUGGCUGACCGUGGGCCUGGAGACCGAGUGCGCGCUGGCGGUGCCCCGCUGCUCGGUGGGGCGCAGGAACUACGACGCCGUGCUCCGCCCCGUGGCCGACCUGGAGGCGCAGGUGGAGGAGGCGGGGCAGGAGGAGGCCUGCCCCUGGAGGCCCAGCGGCCUCGCCUGGCUCGACGCGAGGUCGGGGGAGUGCGGCAUGCUGGAGCCGGGACUCCUGCCCCAGAGCCUGUUCACCGGCAUCAACUACCUGACCCCCAAGGGCGUGCAGGCCAGCUGCAACGCCACCUUCUUUUGA